AUGUGUGAGAAGGAAAAAAAUACCGGAUAUUUGGGUACAACACGUCCUACAGUAGAUAUUCAACUAGCUAGGGAUAUCAUCACUGAAUAUUUCGGUUUGACAUCUCUAGAGAUAAUAGAACUAGAGUCAUCUGGUGACAGGAAUUUUAAAGUUUCCACUCAAAAGGAGGAUAUCCAAGUUGUCUACAUUCUAAAAGUGGUGAACAGUCAUGAAUCCAUUCCGUUCUUCCAUGAAGCUAUUGGAUCUAUUAUGGAUCAUCUACUUCAGAAUGGGUUCGUUACUUCAAAAAUAAUUCCAACUAAGGAUGGGAAGUCGUUUCUGCGCCUACCGCUCCCGACUAGCUCAGGGAAAUCAGAGCUGUGUUUAGUAAAACUGCUGAUCUAUUUACCUGGUCAACCUCUCAGAUCUUUAUCCACCAACUCUAGCACCCAGUUUGAACUGGGACAACUUCUCGCCGAGUUCCAUUUCACCCUGAAGGAUUUCCCACCUGCUGGUCUGAGUGUGGACCCGAACAAUCCCUGGGGUGCAGAAAAUCCACUAGUUGUUUUGAAAUAUUUAACUCCAUCUUUGAGUGAAGAAAUUAUUGAAAUUGUUACAAAGAUUUCAAAAACUCUUCAUCGCACCCUGCAUGAUCCUACAGCCAAUUUAACUAAAGGUGUCAUCCAUGGCGAUAUAAGAGAUCUGAACAUCAUAAUUAAUCAAGAGCACCCGACUUCAGAAAUCAAACAGAAGUAUGGUAUGAUUGAUUUUAACGAUUUGUGUUACUCUUUCAUCAUCUUGGACGUUGGUUGGUUGAUCGCCGAUCAGUUGCUGGCAUACACCGAACAGGCGCUCCAAAAAGAAUGUAGGCCUACAGGUGGCACAUUUCCGAAGGAUUCAACAGAAGACAUGACUCAGAUAGGAAACGACAACCUUCCAAAAAAUGUAAAUGGCGACGAGAUGCAGAAAGAUUCAUCUGGAGACACGAUUAGUAAAGAACCUAAUGGCAAAACGCUUCAAAAAAAUCAGUUUCAAACUGAUAACAUUAUUGUAAAAGAUCCCAAUGGAGAACAGCUUCGGAAAAAGCAUAAUGGCGAUACAAUCAGGAAAGAGCCAAACAAUAAUUUCCAAAAUGUAGGCCUACAAAAUGAUGGCAAGCUGAGGAAAGAUGUGAUAGAAUUCCAACUAAACAACUUUCUUGACGACAAGAAUUACUAUGAUUUGAUCACAACCGCAGUUCACGGAGAUGCCUUGAUAGAUAUCACACUUCAGAUCUUACAAGGCUACUUGUCAAUUACUGAGUUAUCGCCCUUGGAUCUGUCAGCUCUCUAUUGGUCAAUUGGAGGUAGUUUUAGCCAGAACCUGGUUCUCUGUGAAUACAACAAAAUCCACCAGCCUGGGAAUCCAUUCGCUGCCGAGGCUUCCAGAAAUUCCGACAUUUUAAUUCAAGAAUGGGAUAAAAUUAAUCCAGAAACAUUUUUAGAGAGAGUUUCAAACUUGUCUCAUUAA